UCACCACGGCGAAGAUCGCAACCACCGACUAUAUGGUCGAUGAUUUCCUAGCCAGAUCGAGGAUUUCCUCCCUCCUUUUGCAGAUCCCUGUCCCGGUCUCCCCUGCCUACUCCCUCCAAAUUCUGCUCCAUGGAGGCGAAGACGGAGAAGGAGAGGAGUCUCGAGAAGAAGACCAAGUCGGGGCUGUACAGGUGCAACUAUCCGGGGGCGACGGCGGAGGCGGCCGCGCUGUUCACCGACGACCUCAUCCUCGAGAUCCUCUCCCGCCUCCCUGCUAGAUCCCUCCACCGCUUCAAGUGCGUCUCCCUGCCCUGGCGCGACCUCAUCGCUGACCCUGCCAACCGCAAGAAGUUGCCCCAGACCCUUGCCGGCUUCCUCUACACGUCCUUCUGCGGCAGCGGGUAUCGCCACCACUUCGCCAGCGUCUCCGGCGGCCCAGCUCCGUUUGACCCUUCCCUUCCUUACCUGCAACUUAACAAGUACAAGGACAUGGCCCAGAUGGACACUUGCAAUGGUCUCGUUCUCUACCGCGGCUGCACCAAGAAGGCGGCCCCUUGGGAUUGGGCAGAGGAUGAUUGCCGUUUUGUGGUGUGCAAUCCCGCCAUUGGUAAGUGGCUCGAGCUGCCCCCUAAGCCUUUGGCGCCGGCAAUCAGAUAUAGCCAUACUGCAGCUCUGGCUUUUGAUCCGGCAGUUUCGUCGCAUUUCCACGUUCUUCAUUUUGAGGAGGACUAUCUGGCAAAUUAUAUGACAGGAGUGAGCAUCUACUCGUCGCGGACAGGAGCCUGGAGUCGCCGGGAUAGUGGGAUGGUUGAGAAAGCGGCGCCGUUCUUCAGGUGUAAAUGUGUCUUUGUCGGCGGUAUGAUGUAUGUGAUUGGCGAGCUGGAGGACAUCAGCACCGGCAACGAGUAUGUGGUGGUGGGGGUGGACGUGGAGGGGAAAGAGUGGAAGACUAUCCGUGUGCCGUACUGUUCGAGAUUUUGUAUGAUUGGAUUGUCGCAGGGAUGCUUACACUAUGCUGUAGCUACCUAUGAAAGCCUAGUUCCUGAGAUAACACUUUGGUGCCUCAAGGAUUGUAACAGUAAAGAAUUCGUCCUGAAGCAUACCGCCAGCAUGGAUAUGCUUCUGAGCAUGACUAGGAUGAAGUACAGGGUUGUUGGGAUUCAUCCAGAUUGUGACACCAUUUUCUUGUUUUCAUAUGGAGGUGCUACCUUGGCAACGUACGAUAUGCGACAUCAGAAAGUUGGUUGUAUUCUUAAUCUUGAGAACAUGAACAGCACACAACGAUUUCUACCCUAUGUUCCUCUCUUCUCAGAGCCAUUAGCAGAUGCAGAUGGGCAGUAGUUUCUUACUUUCAAAGUUCAGACAACCCUUGUGCAAGAAUUGGCUCCUCUGUCGGCUGAAGUAUUUGUCUAUGUACAUUGGAAUCCGCUUGAAUCAUGCCACUCAAUUGGCUGGUGCUCACACUCCUGCUUGCUUGAUUUGCAAUAGAAGUGCAGCAGAAGCAGAUCGAACUAUUCCAGAGAUUUCAACCAAGUUUCUAUUUCUAGAGCCGCUCGACUCUUGUGAAGGUACAUGUGGUAUGUGUGUACUAAUAUGCUAGCUUGCUUUCUUGGUGAUCUAAUUAUUAUGCCAAACAUUUCAUGUAACUAGUAGUACUAACGGUUAACCGUGUCCAAGCACAAACAUAGCAUGGCGUCUCUUUUGACAGUGGCAACUGGCAAGAAAAAUGUAGUUGGUGCUUAGAUUGAUUCAGUUUGCUGCUCUGUAUUGAUCACGAGUCUUCCUGAAUGUGUAGCACUCCUGCUCAUUGUAUGUCGAAUGGUUUUCAUUUAGUUAGGACUUAUUUUUACAUCAUGUAUUUAUAUAUUAUUCGAUAUCACUGAUUCGAGUAA